GAAGGUAAAUGAUCAUCCAACCGAGGGCAAUCCUGUUUCUGUGGAUGAUAUUUCUAGUGAAAGUAUUCGUGCGGAUGAAAAGCACGCGGCACAUCAUAUCGAGCUUCUUUCGAAUAAUUGUUUGCCUUGUAUUCCUUCAUCUGCCCUUUCACUUGAGAGAAAAAGAUCGUUUAACCCGGUAAUCCUAGUUCAAAGAAGAAAGCACCUCUGAAACUAUCCUUUAAAUGGAGGGAGGGACAUGUCACUCCGACAUUAGUUUCUCCGAAAUGCCUGUACAAAGACCAGUAGCCGGUACCUCAGUCCCAUGCUGUCCGAAAGGUAAGAACAUGCCUGAUUGUUGGUUUCCUCUUGAGCCAAGUUCUUUCAAAGUCCGUGGCCGCAACUACUUUAGGGACAAAAAGAAGGAAUUUGCUUCAAACUCUGCAGCCUUUAUUCCCUUUGGAGUUGAUCUCUUCUUAUCUCCACGGAAAAUUGAUCACAUUGCUCGUUUUGUGGAACUUCCGAUUUUUAAUUUAUCCGAAGAAAUUCCUGCUAUUCUUGUUGUUAAUAUUCAGAUUCCUCUGUACCCUGUUACAAUCUUUCAAAGUGAAAAUGAUGGAGAAGGGAUGAAUUUUGUGUUGUACUUUAAACUAUCCGAAAGUUACUCGAAAGAGCUCCCGCUUCAGUUCCAAGAAAAUAUUAUCGUAAAGGUUAAUCAUGACGAGGUCGAGCGAGUUAAAGGAUUCCCGGUUGAUACGAUUGCACCCUUUAGAGAAAGAUUAAAAAUAAUUGGCCGAGUGGCGAAUUUGCCAGAUCUUCAUUUAAGCACAGCUGAGAAGAAGCUUAUGAAUGCUUAUAAUGAAAAGCCCGUUCUCUCGCGUCCUCAGCAUGAGUUUUACUUGGGCGAAAACUACUUCGAGGUCGAUUUAGAUUUGCACCGAUUUAGCUACAUUUCUAGAAAAGGUUUCGAGGCGUUUCGGGACAGAUUUAAGCUGUGUACACUGGAUUUUGGCUUGACGAUCCAGGGAAAUAAAGCCGAAGACCUGCCGGAGAACAUGCUGUGCUGCAUACGGUUGAAUCAAAUCAACCAGAACAAUUAUGGUCAGCUGCAGUUAUAGGCAAGAUUUCUUCAUUUUACAAAGGCGAAUGCUUAGAUAUUGCAAAGUUUAAG